UGCGCCUCCGCCGCUCGCGCCCCGCGCCCUUGCCGCCAGGCAGCCUUGCUCCGUGUUCCGCGGAUGGCUGUGAACCGAGUCGGACGCACUGCUGUGUCUUUCCCUCCCUGGAGUAUUUAUUGCCUGGCUGCCUUCUGGGGCCUCCCCGCGGGGCUGCCCGUAACGCGGGGAUGGUUGUAGAGCCGCUGUCAUUUAAGACGGGAGGCAGGAAAACACCCAGACGUAAUCAAAGAGAAGUUCAGGGAAGCCGUUGAUUACAUCUCCCCUUUGCUGUUGGAUUGUGGUGAUGAGUUUAGAUUCUUUGAAAUACGGCAACGAGUAGAGGUGCUUUUGGAAAUCUAAGGCAGCUGUGGGAAUUUGAUUGCUGGGGAGCGUGCCAAAAUCCUGCCAUUUGAACAUUUGAAGUUUUUCUGGGAAGUGGAGACGUGAGGAGGCUCUGGUUUGGAAGGAGAAGGCAGUAUGCGUGGUGCAAAGCUCAGAGCUUCUCCGCGCUCAGCCGUGACCGAGCUCUGCGCUUCACUGUGUCUCUCGGGUAGGGUAUUUAUGCUUAGUCUCAGUUUCUUCACUUACCUUUUUGUUCCUUAUUGCAGCCCAGUGAGGUAACUGUAGUCGGCAUCAUAAUCUCUUGAUAGAUGAGGAGCCCAGAGAGGGUAAAGUGCUGAGAGAAGAGAACCAGUGCGUUUCCAGUCAUGUGAGCCCUUGGACAAAACCAACAGCUAUUGGAUCUUUCAGCCCACGUGUGACGGAGUUCCCAAGAAAACGAAAAGCAAGUAAUUUAGACCCAUCUCAGUAGUGCUGAAGAAAUGGCUCUUACGAAGCUAAGUGACACUAUGUCUCUGCAGAUGAAGAUGGCUGGGAAGGAAGAACAGUUGACUGAGAAAAACAGUGGCUUUCUCCAAAAUAUCAAUAUGGCUGAAGGUGCGGUGCAGAAUUUGCUAAGGGAAUUUACCGAAAGAGACCAUGUCUUGGACGGACCUGAUGAAGAAGACGGCAUUUUCUCUGAAAACCCUCAAAGCGACUUCCUUCACGAGGGUAUGUUGCAGCUGGAGGCUGAGAAUGACCAGGACCUGCUCAGUGAACAGGCUGAGCAAGGAGUGGAUCAGGCUCAAUGUGAGGAUCCUCAAGUGUCCACAUCUUUGUGGUUUUCAGAGCAGGACGUCUCUGAACUGAGUCAGGAGACCACAUUUUUCAAGUUCAACCAUUAGAACACCCAGAUGGGUCUUCAAGUGAAAGAACUUGGAGCUGACCACAUAGGCUGGAUGGAGAAAAUGAACAAUAUUAUACAAAAAGUAAGCCUAACAGAAAACACAGUGAAGAGUUUUAUCAUGAAUGAGCUUCUCAAAAUUGUCUUUUGUUUUGUUUCAGUUCCACACAUUCAUUACAACUUUGGUUUUAUACCCUUUUGUUUAAAGGAGAAGAUCAUGGAAAUUAAGAAGCAAUUAGGAAAAAUAGAUGACAAAUUUGUCCAGAACUUUUGCAAGGAUAUAAGUCUGAUGAAUACAAAGCUGGGAAUGUACCAAACGCAAGAAGGGAAAACAGACCCUCUGAGUCCUGAAGAAAUGGAACCUCUGCUUCCUCAGGUUCUACGACCCCCAUUAGGGCAGAACUCUCCUCCCCGCAUUACCACAUGGAAACGCGCCCUGAGGAUUUUCAUCCUAUUUUAUGGCCUCACCUUCGCUGGACUUUCAUGUUACAUCCUAUUUCUUGAUCCUACAUUUGUCUUUGAAAGGACGCUCCCUACCAUACUUCGGCGCCACAAAAUGUGGGAACUACGGGAGAUCAUUGCGCCUGUCUUGAAUUUGAAAGUGGAAGACUUGUUACCCUCCUGAAGAUACAGACGGUACUCUUAACCUACUGACUUGCUUCCCAGUAAAAUUCUGGCUGUUUUUGUAGUGUGGUGGCUCACUUAAUUUUCAAAAAAUACUAUAGGGUGUCUAGCAGAGGACAUUGUACUUCUGUGGAAGUUGGUCAAAGUGAUAAUCACAGGUGGUCUUCCAGUCAGUGUUCCCUGUCUUCCUAUUAACAAGAGUCAGACAUCCUCUAAGUAUGACAAUUUUGAAAAGCAUCAUACAAAGAAGGAAAACGAUUGGAACUUCACUUUUGUGAACUAGCCCACAUCUUUUUCUGCUGAAGUUAGCCAGAGUUGGUUCUUUUGCUUAUAAUCAGUGGAAGUCUAAUUGAUACAGUAGUUCUGAAUGCCAGACUGGAGCAUUUUUAUCCCUAACUUGGUGAGUCGUGGGGAAAUAGUAAACCUUAUCUGCAAUAUGAAAAAUAGUUCUUAUUGAACUGUGCAAGAAGACUAAUAGAGCCAUAAAGAAUAAAUUGGAAGAGAGCAGAUGGAGUGUGAGAGAUCAGGUGAAAGGCCAUUUAGUGGUUCAGGUGAGAUAAAGAGGUGGAAAUGGGAAUGAAAAGGAGAUGAUGGGUGGAUUUUAUGAUUUUUGGUUACACAACACACUUGGGUUUGGAAGGGUAGUGAGGGUGAUAUGGAAUGAUGUCCCAGUUCUCCUCACAUUUGAAUAGAUCAUGAAGGACAGAUAACAUGUUCAUGGCAGAGAUGACGAAAAGGCAUUUCAGAGAUAAGAAACGUCAUGUGUAAAAUUUAGAAGCCCUGGAUGUAAGGCGGAGUCAGGGAACUUGAUAGGGCAUAUUGUUCAAUCUAUCAGUUUAUACAUUCCUUAAAAACAAA